UCGAACCGUAGACCGUAAAAAUAACACAUCUAUUUAUUGUGUUGUCCUAUUCUUAAUUUCUGUUGCAAUAAAGCUUUUAAGAAAGUGUAAUGGUGACAGAGCAGAUCUUAGAUUAAUUAAUCAAAGUAAUGCGCAGCAGAUCUCAGAUCAGGAAAUUAUCAAUCAUCGUCUGCUCAGCAGAGAAACAUCUCAGAACUGGCAUUGUCAAGCACCGCUGAUCUCAGAUCUGUAUGUCUAGCAAUCAGAGCACGAGAUGCUCGUGCACGUGUAGUGGUACUUGGUCGGCGGACGAAGCGAAAACAACACAGAAUUGAUGGUGUUUGCAUCUUCAACCACCAAACAAUUAAACAUCAAAUGAUCUAUGGCUCGUGAGAUUUUAUCAUCUGUCGACUCACAAUGCAAUACAUUCUAGUUUGUGCACCAUGAUGACAUCAUCUCUGGCCCUUACUGUCAACCUUUGAUCGGGUCAGCGAAAACCAUGGCCUCUGCCGACCUCUUAAAACCGGGGUCAGAAGAUCCAGAGCAUGUCCAAGUAAAGAGCCAAGGUCAGGAGGAGUCCCUGCAGAGUCAUAGCCACUACUUUUGUGGUUCUGUAGCGGCGUUCGCCAACAUUGCCAUCACGUUUCCCAUUCAUAAGGCGUUGUUCCGCCAGCAGCUGUUUGGGCUGCGAGUGAGGGAAGCUAUGCUGCAGCUUCAUGCGGACGGUUUACACACUCUAUACCGUGGUAUCCUACCUCCCUUGCUUCAGAAAAGCGCCACCAUUGCUAUUAUGUUUGGAGUUUAUGAGGACUUGUUGGGGUUGCUACACCGUCACGCUCCUCAUGCCCCCGAGGUGUUAACACAGAGCGUUGCUGCAGUUUUGGCGGGAAGUGCUGAAGCCAUCCUAACGCCCUUUGAGAGGGUCCAAACUCUACUGCAGGACCCUCGGCAUCACGGGAGCCUUCAGAACACUGCACAUUCUUUCCGGGUCUUAAUACAGCAACAUGGCAUUCCAGAGCUUUAUCGUGGCCUGGUCCCUAUUCUACUGAGGAACGGCCCUAGUAAUGCUUUAUUCUUUGGUUUGCGUGGCCCACUGAAGGAACUGCUCCCGGAGGCGAAGUCGAAGGCGGGGCAUUUGGUGAAUGACUUUGUAUGUGGGGCGAUUCUGGGAGGAGGGCUCGGGGUGGCGUUUUACCCCCUGAACGUAGUUAAGUCUCACGCACAAGCACAGAUUGGAGGGGAGUUUAAGUCUUGCAGGGCGAUAUUGGUGAACGUUUUGAAAGAGAGGGACGGGAGGGUGAGCCGUCUCUUUCGGGGUGUACAUUUGAACUUCCAACGAUCUAUUUUCUCCUGGGGAAUUAUAAAUGCCACAUAUGAACUUUUGCUGAAAAUGUUAAAUUAGAAGGGUGGCGAACAAAAACACACAACUCUUUAAUGGGACUUAUAAUAUAGCACAAAGACUUGAAUAGGCUACUUUUAGGUUUAAAAGUACAUGUAAAAAUUUCUCCACAUAAGUAAGGUAGUCAUUUGGGUUCGACAUAGAUGGAAUAGAGGGCAAAUAAUUGGUGGCCACGUUUAGAUUUUUGGGUGAGAAAUGCCUUUUAAUUACUUUCCUCCCUACAGAACUUAUUGGAGUUUUCCUAUAGGGGCUGUUUACAAGACAACAUUUUCCUCUGUAAACUGCAACGUUUUAUACGGUUUGGCUGUUUAUUUACACAAAAAGGGCUUUUUGGGGUCCUGAAAACUUGACUCCCAGAAAGUAAACUGUUGCCUACAAUCUGUGUGUUUGUUGUAGUCCAAGAAAAGAGAUUUACAUUGGAAGCAAUAACCCGCUUCAUGGUUUACUUUGGGAUUACCUUUCGUUAACAUGUACUAAUACACACUUACACACCAAAGGAAACGUGAAUCCGACCAUAGUUGCCCUUUAAUUCAAUGUGUAACAUUUGAAUUGGAUAAAAAAAUUGGAAAAUCUUUUAUUAAAGGUCCCGUUCUUCGCUGUAGGCUUUGAAAGGCGAAUUCUGUUAAAAAAAUAUAUCACCUGGCAGUGACCUUUGAGCUUUUUCAUUUUGCAGGUAUUAUUUAUGCUAUUAUAGCAACAUUACACACUAACUAGGGUUUAAAAAAUGGGAUCAGAAAGAACGUGACCUUUAAUGCUGCGUUUACACCAGCCGCGGCAGAGGCGACAAAAACGCGCUGUUGGUGCGUAGUUGGACGCUUGAAUAUUUGAUUUCACUCGCUUCAUUCACGCGUGAAAUUCUAGUCAUUCGAGACAUUCCCGCGGAAAUUCGCGUCAUGGCCUUCUGCGACUCCGCUGAGACUCUGCCACUCUGCUGGCUUCCUUUAAUCACGUCACUACUACAGCAUGGUCCGGAUUGAUUAAUGCGGCAUGGAAAUCCGCCGAAGUUCAGAUUUUUCAACUUGUGGGUUUCUCGCAGCAACGCUCAAUUCACGCGGAAUGCGCCAUUCGCGCAACGCGUUUCACUCCGCAGGAUGCCUAAUUUCGUCUUUGCAUUGACUUAACAUUUAAACACCCACGCUUGCCGCCUCUAGGCGUCAAAAUUGCAUCUACAGUGUCUAGUUUGCUCAGAGACGAAAUCCGCUUCUUGUGGGAGGGGCAAGUGCUGUUUGGUUGUCUGAGUUGUCUUAAGUUUUCAACUCUGGCAUCAACCACAAAUUUGCAUCCAACGCAAAAUAAAAAACACUAUUCGUGCGUACCGCGCCAGACUCCCGAAUAAGGUGUAAUUGCAUCUACGGCGCCGCGCUAAACGCCUCAUUCGCGCCGCGAGACCUCCAGAUACGCGUCUUUACAUUGACUUAACAUUGAAAUCAGUUGUGCUUACCGCCUCUACCGCGGCUGGUGUGAACGCAGCAUGUCUCUUUUCACAAACAUCAUUGACCUUAUAACUAUGAGGGUAUUCUCUGUUGUGUUCCCAGCUUCAUAUUUUUUUUAAACUCACUGUACUGUCAUCUCUUAUUUAAAUCGUAUGUUAUUACUAGGGAGGGAAAUACCACAGUUUACACAUUGGUGGUGUUUUUUGGUUUGAGAUGAGUUUUUUAUAAAGUUUGCUGAGUUAGCUUUAGGGUCGCCAAACUCCGUAGACUCCAGUCACCAAGUGACGACUUAGAUUUUAGUCCAAGCAUUGAUUUGUCAUGUGAAAACCAGUAAACAUAGAAAUGGGUUUGGUGUUUGUGGUCUCUGUAGCUUUCAAGUGGUAACAGAGUCCUUCUUUCUUAGCCAAAUUCUUUUAUGCUUUGAACUCGCUAAAGCUUUAACACAUUAUUUCAGUGACAUAAGCAAUAAUUUUGCCAUGUUUGGUCCAUGUUUCUCAUCGCACUUGAAAACUUUCUGGAAUUGCUCCCAAAUAUAGUGGCAUUUGUUGUGGAAGGCGGGACCACAGUCUCCUCACCAAGGACUAUGAAGUGCAAAUGGAAAAUGACGUGCCCUUUGGAUUUUAUGUGCUGUCAGUGUAAAUGUAAUUUUGUACUAUUUACUUUUAUUUAUUCUAGUCAAAUAUAAGAGAACAAAUAAGUAAUAAAUAAUAAUUUAAUUUAGCAAUACUCUUAGCUUCCACAGUAUAAUUUUUUUUCUUUUAAUGUCAACAUUUAUGCUUCUCAUUUUCAACAUAAGCCCACUUUCACUGAGCAAAUAUCUCUUCCAGUGACAUUUAAGGGGGUCAGUUAAAAUGGCACAAAUGACCUUUUUGUUCAUUGAUGCUCAGCAGUAGACUCAGUUUUUAUACCUGAUAAAGAUGUUUUUAUACUCUAUACUGAUAAUAAAAUAGAUUUUUUGUCGAAGGGGGCAUGUUAAACUGAGUUCAGUUGGCACAUGCAUGCAUGGAUCAUAUACUGUGUACAGAGCGGGAAUAAUUGGUCGCUGUUCACUUCUAAUGCUUAAAAAUUCAGGCUCUGGCCUGCACCCACUAAAGAUGUCAGCACUGAACAGGGCAAAUUUGGGAAACGCAUAUUUAAAGGCAAACCUUGUUUUGUAGAAGGGAAGAGAAUAAGCCAUAAUAAUAUAAAAUAUAUUAAGCAAUUAACAUGCAGAGUUCCAUUUUUAUCUCUGGUUUAAUGACCCAGUUGUCGUUGGUCCAAAUUUAAGUACACCAAACAAGCGACCUAGAUUUGUCACAUGAACUGUGCUUUUAUUUAAUGUGUAUUUAAAGUAAAUAUGAUAAAUAUUUGCUGACGUGCAACCGCAGAAGUUUCACAAUUUAUGCAUGUAUAUUAACAGGAUAUAUAUAGACUAUAAAAAAAUAAUGCCGCAUUAAGUUAAAACAACUUGGUUUUGCAGGUCAAUUGAACCCACUUUUUUUAAGUUUGGGCUUGUGAUAAGUUGACAUAACUUUUAAAAUCAAGUUGAACUUGUUAAAGUAACAUAAAAAUAUAUGUUGAUUUGACAAAAAUGCUGCAUUUUUUUUACAGUGAGAUCUACUCUACCUUUCUCUUGUUUCAGACUUUUGUCUACAUUUUUCUAACCUUUUAAUGAAUCUCCUCCAAAAAGGUCAAGGUUUAUUUCAACUAAAUGUACUUUUGAUGUCAGUGUAACAAGUUAAUUAAUUUUUUUAUUUUUUGAGUUUUUCAUAUGUAAUAAUUUACUGUUAUUUUAUAGACGGUUUUAUCGGACGCACGUCUUUAAUGGUCUGACUAGUUGCUAAACUGAUCUCUUGAACAAAUCCCUCGUCGAAAAUAACAAAUGUUUUGGUUUCCUAGGUAAUCUAUGUGUUGUUUUUUUGCUUAUAUAAAUAAACUACGUUUAAAGUACUUUGUUGUUAUUUAUUCUUAGCGGAGUUUACCGGAAUUUACGUGCGGACCGCGACAGCCGCUUGUUUAUGUUGUUACUGCUGAAACCGUCUAUACAAAUUUUGUUUAAAAGCACUGUAUUUUCAAGCAUUUUUCAAUUUAUCCCCUUACCUUGGUUUCUUUUUUCUCUCUUAAUAUUAUUAUUCUGUAUAUACAAUUUAUAAUAUAUAUUUUAUAAGUGCCAUGUAUGAAUGAAUGUGUGUUCUAGUUCAAAUAUUAAACUUUAAGCGACAGUUCACCGAAAAAUGUAAGAUAUUGUAAGGCCUAGUCUUAUCUUAAGCAAAUCCCUGUCCAGAAAAUGUUACAACCAAAAAAAUAUUAAAUUCACUUGUAUAAAACCUACAUUGUUCUAUUGUGGGCUACAUAAGUUCCUUGUGUAUCUGUGUAUUUGUUUUACAAUUGAACAUGGCUUGUUUUAAAAAAUUAAACAUCUAGGGGUGGAUUCCCGCACAAGGAUUAGUUUAAGACCGGACUAGACCUUAGUUUAAUUAGGAAAUAUAUCUAGUUUUAACAAACAUGCCUUACUAAAAACAUUACUUGUGUGCAUUUUGAGGCAUCAAAGGGCAUUGGUGUGUUUUAAGAUAUUUCAGUGCAAGUUGUUUUUAGUUUAGCAGCUCUUACAUUUAUUUUAGUCUAGGAAACCGCCACCUAAAGUUAACAUUUUGAAAUCUCAAUGGACUAAAUAUAGGAGCGGUUUCCCGGACAGGGCUUAUCCUAGUCCAAGUCUAAAAUGCAUGUUUGAGCUUCCUUAAUUUAAAAACAUCUUGUACUGCCAGAUCUAAACAUAUAUCACUGAUAUUGUUUUUUCUCGGGAUGCACACCACUAAUGUUUUUUUUUUGUUAAGGUAUGUUUGUAAAAUCUACUUAAAUGUCCUAUAAGUCAUGGUUUAACCUAAACCGAGUCUGGGAAACCGCCCCAUAUUGUUUAACUCAGGGGUGGGAAUCCUGGUCCUGGAGGGCCACUGUCCUGCAGAGUUUAGUUCUGAAAAAUCAAAUCAAAGUCUUCAGGGUUACUUGGAAAUGAAAUGCAGGUAUGUUUGAUUAGGGUUGGAGCUAAACUCUGCAGGACAGUGGCCCUCCAGGACCCAGUGUUCCCCACCCCUGGUUGAACUGGUCAUCUCUAUCUCAGUAGGCUACAUUUUAAUCAGAAAUCAUAACUGAAAUGGUGCUAGAAAGUGAUUUUGUUUAUUAAUAAAUGCAGCAAGCAGUACUUCAUUCUAAUUCUAAGCAUAGCCCUCGUUUUAAAUGAGAGCGAAUUGCAGGAAAUAAUCCAACAGGGGGCGAUGAUAUCAUGACCAAAACAGCUCCCACUUACACAUUGGGCUGGAGGGUGUAUUACUUCUUAUCUAAAUUUUAUUUUUGCCACACAGCAUGCUUUAGUGAUCGUAGCUGUAAUGACCUGAAUUACUGCUAAUUGUUAUUGAGCAAUUCUAGGAAAACAAAUAGCAGUAAAAAUAUAAUGCCCAGUCCCUGUUCCCUAACUAGUGGACCCUUAUUCAACCAAUUACGGCUUUGUAUAUGACAAGUUUUGAUGCAGAAAUAUACAUACUAGAGAUUAAGCGAUAUAUUGUUUUUACUGAUU